AUGAAGGAGAACGGUUUCACGCGGAGAGAUGCAAUAUUGUUUCUGGAAACCGUCGGUAUCGACACGAAUGACCAAUUGGUGGAUCGAUUUGUCGCAGCAGGUGCUGGGGAAUCAAGGGAACAUCGUAUGGUCAGCGGGUGCUCUUUACAGGAAUUUGCGGAGUUGAUAGAAGCCCUCAAAACCAAUAUACGAGAAUCGAAGAACGAAUUUCGUCUUAAUAACCCUAUUUUAUGCAGAAAUACGAAUAAAUUGUCCAAGGAGUUGUGCAAAUACGUCCGUGAAGACCUCAAGGCGGCUGAGGUUCACGAUUUACAGAGUGAAAUACAACGUCUGUACCGAUUUAGAGAGAAGCUUGAAAAUGUAGCUGCAACUCGCAGUUUGUCUGAGGCAGAAGUGAGACGUCUAAACGAUAUCAACAAAGAAAUUGAUCUGUUACAUGAUGAACUAUCCAAGGAGAGACAUGUAGUCAACACAUUAAGUUUGAUGUGA